CUCUUUAAUGCUUGCGAUUAGAGGCUAUCAAGUGCUUAAACGCAGCAAUUGAUAUUUACACAGACAUGGGAAGAUUCACCAUCGCAGCAAAGCAUCACAUCACAAUCGCUGAGGUUUAUGAGUCGGAGCUGGUGGACAUCGAGAAGGCGAUUGCACAUUAUGAACAAGCCGCUGACUAUUAUAAAGGAGAGGAAUCAAACAGCUCUGCAAACAAGUGUCUGCUAAAGGUGGCUUCAUACAGCGCUCAGUUAGAGCAGUACCAGAAAGCAAUAGAGAUUUAUGAGCAGGUUGGAAGCAACACCAUGGACAAUCCCCUUCUGAAAUACAGCGCCAAAGAGUAUUUCUUCAAAGCUUCCUUGUGUCACUUCAUUGUAGACGAGUUGAACGCUAAGCUCGCCAUUGGAAAGUACGAGGAGAUGUUUCCAGCCUUCUCAGACUCAAGAGAAUGCAAACUGCUGAAGAAACUUCUAGAGGCUCACGAGGAGCAAAAUGCAGAGGCUUUCACAGAAGCGGUGAAGGAGUUUGACUCUAUCUCCCGCUUGGACCAGUGGCUCACCACCAUGCUUCUCCGGAUCAAGAAGACCAUUCAGGGCGACGAGGGUGACCUAAAAUGAUCUGGACGGUGGGGAAACCCACUGCAUGGUGCCCUCCUUCCCCACUUCCAUUUCACAUCUCUUCUGUGCAAUGGCCAAGUCCAGGUUUCCCAAAAACAGUAUGUCAAAAAGCAUUGCUGCAACAUUUCUAGAGAAUAUACUUCUAAGCCUGUACUGUUACAUUGAUAUCCAGUUAUAUAAUAUAGCACAUAUCAAACAUUUAGCACUCCAGUUCGAAAAGAUCUGCUCCGGUUUCCCUGGGUAUUUCUGGAAACGCGGCUUCAAGGGAAACUCAAUGGGGAUUUGAGAUGUUCCUCGUGUUUCUUUUGCAACAGCCGCUGAAUUGCGAUGUGCUAGAGCUGCAUGAAUUGUACAGAUGUCAUUAAAAGUCUGUGCAGCAGGAAUUUCUUUUUGUGUUACUAAUAAUAUUAUUAUUAUUAAUAUUUAGACUUCGUUAAUUUUAUUUGAACAGUUUUUUCGUAGUCUGCUUUGUCUGUACGGCAUGCAGGUCUCAAAAUGCAGAUGUCAUCCAUGUUUAAUUUAAUCAGUGUAGAUGUUAUUAUUUAAGCUUUCCACUGUUAGUUUUGAAAGUAGGAUUUAAACCUAUGGAAACAUGUCCUAAUUGUGUCAAACACCAUGGAAAUAUGCAGUUUUCUUUAAUGACAUUUUAAUUUUGGGCUGUUUUCUUAAACGCAUAUUUAUUUCAUUUAUUAAUAUAUCAUUAUAUUGUGAAUUAUUAUUUUUAUGAUUUGUCAAGAAAAUAUUAUUAGUCUAAUAAUAGUAUCAUUUAAAAUUAUUAGCCUACUAAUAUUAUAUUAGUCAGAAAAUGUAGUGAUAUAUAUUUUAAAAUUGUCUUAAAGGGACAGGUAACCCCAACUUUGAAGAAAGUUGUGCAUUUGCCCUCAGGUCACAGAUGUUAGUGACUUUUUUCUUUUUCAGUAGAACAACAACAGAGGGAUUUUCUGAAACUGGUCCUUGGUGAUUCAUAAAAACUAUUCAGCUGCUAUUGGCACCUUAAUGCGGUGUUCACACCAGAUGAUAGGCGAAUAAAUUACGCUACAUUUUGAGUUUGCUCGCUUCA